CCGGAUGUGGGACCAGCAGCUACCUUCAACUGGGCUCUGAGGAAAUGUGCUGCUGCUGCUGCUUUUACGGACAAACAAUAGCGCUCGUCUAAAUCCGGCCACUUCAACUCAUUUGUGCUGCAUAUUUUUCCAGCCAGAGGAGGAGCAGGCACGCAGCGUUCAUUCACAGAUGCAUUUUUCGCCCUCGGAGGGAGCAAAAAGCGGAGGGAAGUGUCGCUAAACCGACCGACUCCAGGCUGAUCCUCCUGCAGGUCCGUGGUUUUGGCUGACGGGCCGUGUAAACGCGGCUUGUAAAGGAACUCCACUGUGGUUGGUCGUGGUGUGUAGAGAGGAGCCCGCUCAGCCCCUCCAGGCUCCUCAGCCAUGGCUCUCCUGGCCUACCUGAAGAACCUGUUCAUCCUGCAGCUGCUGAUGGGCUUCGUGUUUGUGGUGAGCGGCCUCAUCAUAAACUUCAUUCAGCUCUGCACCUGCGUGUUCUGGCCCAUCAACAGGCAGCUCUACCGCAGAAUCAACUGCAGGCUCUCCUACUCUCUGUGGAGUCAGCUGGUGAUGAUGCUGGAGUGGUGGUCGGGCACAGAAUGCACCCUAUACACCGACCAGGCUACAGUGGACAAGUUCGGCAAGGAGCACGUCAUCAUCAUCCUCAACCACAACUUUGAAAUCGACUUCCUGUGUGGCUGGACCAUGUGUGAAAGAUACGGGGUCUUAGGGAGUUCAAAAGUGCUGGCCAAACACGAGCUACUGAAGGUCCCUCUGAUCGGCUGGACCUGGUACUUUCUAGAAAUCGUUUUCUGCAAAAGAAAGUGGGAGGAGGACAGAGAAACGGUUUUUGCAGGCCUGGACAGGCUCAAAGAUUAUCCUGAAUAUAUGUGGUUUCUGCUGUACUGUGAAGGAACCCGCUUCACGGAGAAGAAACACCAAAUCAGCAUGCAGGUGGCGGAGAGUAAAGGCCUCCCCAAACUCAAGUAUCACCUUCUACCCCGAACCAAGGGAUUCACCACCACGAUGCAGUGUCUGAAAGGCACAGUCACUGCUGUGUAUGAUGUGACUCUGAACUUCAAGGACAACCAGAUUCCCACUCUGCUGGACAUCGUCAACGGCAAAAAAUACAAAGCUGACCUGCGUGUUAAGCGGUUUUCUGUGGAGGAUAUUCCGGAUAAUGAACAGGAGUGUGCCAACUGGCUGCACAAGCUCUACCAGGAGAAAGACGCCUUACAGGAGCAUUACGACAAGGAAGGAAAGUUCCCUGGACCCACAAUCAUCCCCCCGCGCCGCCCGUGGACGCUGCUCAACUUCCUGUUCUGGGCCACUGUUCUGUUGUCGCCCCUCAUCAAAUUAGCAUGUGGGGUGAUCGUUAGCGGCUCCCCGCUCCUCAUCAUCGGUUUCAUCACCUUCCUCAUCAUCGCCUCAGUUGCUGUUCGCCGUCUCAUCGGGGUCACAGAGGUGAAGAGAACAGGCUCCAGUUACGGAAACCAAGAGGCCAAGAAAAAAAAGUAAACUGUGUGACCCCCUCCCCCCCUACACCCCGUCUCACCGCGGCGUCUCACUCCCCGUCCAACUCCAUCCUCCUCCUGCCGUCGGCAGGCCGGGGAGGAGGCCCACCUGUGAAAACAAAACCAACACCAGAGUCAAAAAAUUAGAAGAAAAUCCUACCUUCAGCGGAGGAAGAGACGAAGACGAGAAGGUGUGGGAAUGACGCUGUCUGGUUUAUCACAGAUUAUAAGGAGGGGGGGAGAUGCAGUACUGUAAACCCACCAAACUCCCAAUUAAGUCCGUUAAACAAGAAUCAUAAGCCUGAGGUCAUUUUCUAAAAGCCACGCCCACUUCCUGUCAACUGUUGAUUCCUUUGAAGCUCACGCAACACAUCCUGAUCCACACCGAUUAAUUUCUGUUAUCCAGCGGCAGUGCUUCUUCCCAACACCAGGAUCCAUCGUUCCCCUUGUUCUGAUGGGAAUCGGUGCUUUUCGGCCCAGCCUGGUUUUCCUUAAUCAGCUCAGACAAACCACUCAAAGCCCGAUUCACAGCGCUCAGAUUUCUACAACUAAACCACAAAAUGGCUCAAAUUAUUGAACUAAAUGCAAAAAUAAUAGGAAAUAAUUCAGUGAAAAGACAUUUAGAGAUCCACCAUCCAACCUCCAGCUAAAGCCUCUGGAUUUAAGAACAUUAAUGUUAUUAAAGGUGUUUUUGAAGCAAAAUAAGAAGAUAAUUGCUGUCAAAAGAAACGGUUCACUAAUAUUUAAGCAUGCUAUGUUAGUAAUUUCUCAGUCACCUUAUUGUACACUGCAAAAACACAAAAUCUUACCAAGUACAUUUGGUCUAGUUUUUAGUGCAAAUAUCUUAGUUUUUAUAUUUCAAGUCUAACUUUAAAAGUAACUUUUCAGCUAAAUAUAAUUGCUUAUUUUAAAUCAAUAAUUCCUUAUUAUUGAUUAAAAACAAGAGUACUGGUUCCACUGGCAGAAGUUUUACCUUAUAACUUACAUUUUUCCCACGUUACAGGUAAAAUAAAAUCUGCCAGUGGAACUAUAGCUUUUUGAAAAAUGAAUACAUUCAUUUUUACUAUUACAUCUUUACAAGCUGCUAUUGCUGAAAAGUUACUUGUAAUAAGCUAGUUUUUGUAUUAUUUAAUGUGUAGUAAGAUAUUUACACCAGAAACUACAUCGAACAUACUUGGUAAGAUUUUAUAUGUUUUUCAUAUUAGGUAAAACUUAACGAUUUCCAAAAGUUUGGCAACAUUUCAAAACAAAUGUUGCUUAAGAAAAAGUCAAAUUACUGUAAACGACUUGUUUUCUUCCUUCAGCAACCACUUCCACACUGAAGAGUGAUGUUUUGGUGCAUCUCUAAUCAUCUGUUUCAUUGUAAUCUAUUUCAAGUGAAAUUAAUUGUUAAUUUAGUUGGAAAUUCUUUUAAAAAAUGAGUUAAAUAUAAAGUUAUAAUCCUGACUUUAGACUCUCAGAUGGGCUGGUGUCUGCUGAGCUGCAGCAAGGACUCUGAAUGUGAAAACCGAGGAAACUUGCCCUCAUUUAAAACACAAACUUCCCGUUUUUCCUCCAUUUCUCCUAUCGGAUUUCAAACAAACACUCCACAUUUAGGAGUGUUCGUUUUCUCACCCACGUGUAAGGCGGACGACCUCCGACCUCCUAAACGUGCCGUUUCGACCUCCCUCCCCGACACCGAAACGCAGCUCACGGUGGAACAUGAAUGGCAGCAGAAUCAAGGGUCAAAGGUCACCAACUGUUUUCAUGUAGCCACACAGCUGUUAGCAUAGACUGCAGUAGGAGUAUUUUUAACCUUUGCCUUAAAUCAAGCUUGCUCAGGCAAGGGAUUGCUUAUUUACCUCCCUUUGGAACGCAUAACGCCACUUUUGUUAUGUUUUAAAUCUUCACCCUUCAUUCCUGUCAUUACAAUAAUGCAUGGUGGAGUAGGAAGAGUUAAUUAGCAAAAUGACUGAAUCAUUUAAACCGUGGACUAAUAGGAAGAUGUUAAUUGAAGGGAUUUCUUUUUGGCAGGGUUUUGUUUGGGGGGAAAAAAUCACUAAAUGUUCAAAGUGGACAAAAAAGGAAUUAUUUGUUUUGUUUAGGAAUUAAAAAACAAUCUGUAAGAGAAGAUAAAUUGCUUUAUUUGAUUAAAUGACUUAUAGGAAGUUGGUUUUUUGUUGCAUCAAACCCACUUUUUUAAAUCUCCGAGUUGUUUUUUAUAUAGAAAAAUCUUUUGUUAUCCACUUUAAAUAAUUUCAGAUGAUUUCUAGGAAACUUUUUGGUUGUGUUUGAAUAAAAAUCACUGUUGAAUACAUUA